AGUUGUUGUCUUUGCCGCGAAAUAUCAACAACUCAAGAACAUCCGAGCGGAGAAAAUGUCAUUGAAUAUGUCUUCUUAAACAUUUUAGAGUAUCCUUUAGGACUUAGUAUGAUAGCUUAGUGACUGUUUAUCUUGUUCGUAUAAGUUUAGUGUGCUUUUGUUGUAAUGCAGCGGAGUAAAGCCGCUGUUAGUGUGGAGGUGAAGCAGGUGAUCGGAGCUCUCUGUAGGCUGUUAGCGGACACCGGCCUGGACUCUGUCCCCGCACCGGAGACCUUCAGGCGGGCGAAAUUUGGUGGAGGACCCGAGGUGGAGGAUCAGUUUUGGCAACUUCUCGCUCACUUCCUUCAGACAGCUGGACUUGUUUCCUGUGAAUCUUGUACACAGCUGGGAGGAGAGCAAAAGAAGCUGGUGGCUGCUGGUCUCUGGCAGACUGGUUACCAUGCUGACUGGAUGUUUGAGAGGGAGGAAGGAGGCGGAGGUGAGGGAGGGCGAUGCUCCAGCAGAGAGCUCCUCCUGGCUCUGGGUUGGCUGCUCGCUGCAGGAACUCUGGAGAAACUAGUGACCCAGAGGGUACAGAAACUAGAUAAAACACUAUGCACAUCUACACAUGUGUGCACUGAGUUUUCCAAAGACCUCCAGAUAGACUCAGCAUCUCUCAGAAAGCUUCAGUGGCUCAUUGGCUCGCUGAGACAUCAGGGCCGGAUUCUGCUGUCCAUGCAAGAAGAGCGAACACGCUUGCUUCAUGCUGUUUUUCUUUCCAGCCUCUCCUCCUCUCCAUCGUCCUCUGAUCAAAUCUCAGCAGUACUAAAUGAGGACUGUGUGUGUAUGCGGCUGCUCUGUGACCUCCUCGAAUCAUACCUGAACUGGAAACAGGUGGAAAAGGUCUUCUGGACCUGGAUGGACAGUGUGGUGGACUGCCAUCUGACAGAUCCGGUUGUAGUGGAGAAGCCCAAACACACAGCCAAAGGAAGGUCAAGAGUGUUUCACAACGGUAACCGACGGCUCAUGAAAAUGGACGACAUGCUCCUUGGACUGCCUACAGGACAGGUGUUCAACACACUCACACAGACACACACAUACAUAAAAGGUUCAUGCCAACAGGGGUCCUUGACCAUUUGUUAUAAUCAGUUGGAUGAAAAAGCAACCAUGAUAUAAAGUGUGUACUGAGUCAGGAUGCACAAAUUGAGUAAUCAGGGCCAAUACUGAUUUGAUGUUGAAAAUUACUUUUGUGUGUGCUCCUUUUUUUGCUGUUUUGAACGAAUGUAGUCACUGCUGUAGGAAGGGCUUUUUAUGUAUAUGUGGAAUAGUUACGUUUUAUAUGAUCUCUGUUUAUGAACUUUUUAAUUCUCUUGCAACUGCAGGACAGAGUCCAAGACAAAUUUCCCUUUGGGGACAAUAAAGUAUACCUUACCUUAUCUUAUCUUAGCGUAUCUUACAUUAGAAACAACAACAUGUAAAUCAUGAGUCAUUAAGAAGAAUAGGGAUAAGAAUCAGCU